UCGUCACUCGUUCCUUUUUUCACGCUUCAGGGUGGCAUUUGAUAUUUCGUUUCUCUCUUGGUAACUGAGGAAACUCGAAGCUUUUAAGCAAUCUUAUCUUAAAUUUCAUUUUUUUAGUAUUUUCAUGUAUCCAAAAGAAAGAAGCUCAGGGCUGAAAAUUGUGCUUUCUUUUAACAACCCUCAAUGUGUUUGUGAUUUCAUACCUUGUUAUAUUGGCACUGUUUUAUUGUUUAUAUCUCAUCAUUCACAUUCUGUUGAACUAAAAGACCUAUCUAUCUCAGAGUGAAAAUUUCCCUGUCCCUUGAGUAUGUUGCACCACAUCUCCAGAAUUGUCCCAAUAUCCCCCCAUCAGGAUUUUAGUCACAGGGAUCAAACAGGGAAGUUUAUAUGCUCGAGAAUUUCUAAUACUGGAUUUUGAUAGUGACUUUUGGUUUCAACAAUUAUUUGUUGAGAUAAGGAAAAUAUUUCACUUUUACCCAUGAAAUAUCUAUAUAAUAUGUACUUCAGAGGAAGGUAAUACAUGUCAUACUAGUACUCGGAAAGUAUUUUAAAAGACACUAAAUGUUUGGAAAAUACUUGAUACUUUUAUCAAAUACUUCCAAGGACUGUCAAUUUUUUUUAUUGCGACUCUUGAUCAUGUCAUGGCGUAAAAAUAACUAUAAAAUAAAAUCUGAUGUAUAUACAUUAUACAAAGGUUUGUUGAUAAAACAAGAAAAAUGUCAAGAAGGUAAAGGCAAUAAAAUAGUUGACUAGAAAGUGAUAUCACAAUGAGUAUGACUAGAAUUGGUUCAAUGCACAUGAAAAAAGGUAAGAGGUGAGUUACAGAAUAGUUACAAGACAAGUAGGUAGAUCUAUUAUAGAGGUAAGUGAUGAAAAUCUUGGUUAUUGCAAUAGAGUGGAUGGGCUAGAUUGAACAGAUCCUUGUCAACUCCCGUCGCUGAUGGCAUUUGGCUGGGAGCCGAACACACGGUGCGUGACCGCCAAUACUCCAAAGGGAUGUGGGCAGGGUGGCCAGAUAGCAUUUUUUGAUGCUAAUUUUGGGAAAAUUAGCAUUUUUUGGAAGGCGCUAGCAUCGUAGAAUUUUGCCUAGCAUUGGUCCAAUUUUUAGCAUAAUCUUAGCAUUAUUUGAAAGGUCUUAGCAUCAUGAGAUUUUGUCUAGCAUUGCAUUAUACUAGCAUCAUUGCAAAUACAUACCUUUUUCGGCUUUUUUUGGAUUUUUCUUUUGGCUUUAGACUGUCGGUCUGCGACUUAAGUUGACAGUGGUUUGUUUGUUGACCCGAGAGUUGACUUCGAAUGAAAAAAUCAAAUCAAGGGAUCAAACUCAAACACAUUCUUAAAGAAGAGAAUCGUUCAUCAUUGCAAAGUGAGAGUGCCAAGAACAAGAAAAAAAUGUUGUCCUCAGCCCUCUCAACUUCAUUCUUCAGUGAUCGCCAACCAAGUCCAGCAUGGCCGGUCGUGAAAAAUACAAGGUUUCUUGGGAACAAGAAUUCCAAUGGCUGUCGACAGCCCCAACCGACGAUAGCAGCUCCUGGUGCAAGGUCUGCAAGAAAAAGCUCAUGAACAAGAAGUCCGUUUUGGUAGGGCAUUCCAAGACAACUGAGCACGUGGAGAGGAUCAAGGCUGUUGACAAGACUCCAAAACUGCAGUCCCUGUUCAAGUCAAAACAGAAUAAAGACGAAGUCAGGAAUGCCGAAAUUCAGCUCGCAGCCUCAGUCUGUUGCCACACAUCAAUUCGCGCCAUUGAUCACAUUGGCGAAAUGAUGCAAAAGCAUGGAAAAGGCAGCAUUUUUGAGGAACUUCGACUGCACAGAACCAAAUGCUCUCGGAUCAUUGACAGAGUUCUCUCGCCCUCUCUUAAAGAAGAGCUAAAGGAAGACAUGGUUGGCGCUCGCUUCUCCGUAUUAGCUGAUGAAUCCACCGACAUCUCUGUUGACAAAAAUCUCUGCCUCGUUGUGAUCUACUUUAGCAUGAAGACAGAGAAAAUUGAGGUCGCAUAUCUUGGCCUGUACCAAGUCAUUGAGGCGACUGGAGAGGCUCUUUUUAAAGUCAUUGAGACCGCUCUCCUGGAUAUGGAUCUCCAAUGGACCAAUUGUGUUGGUUUUGGAAGUGAUGGUGCUUCGAACAUGGUUGGCAUUCACAACUCGGUCUGGUCGCGAAUCAAGGAAAAAGCGCCAAAUUGCACAUUGUUCAAAUGUAUCUGCCACUCGCUUGCCCUCUGUGUCAAAAUCGCAUUUGAUACACUUCCCUCUAACCUUGGAUACAUUCUGUCAGAAGUUUCAAGCUGGUUUAGCAACAGCACUUUGCGGCGUGAGAAUUACAAGGCUCUCUAUGACGCAAUUGGUGACUUGGAUGCUGAAGAAGGGGAAAUUACAACCAAUUUGAUGCCGUUUUUGAAAGUAUCAACAACCAGGUGGUUGGUCAGAGGCAGGCUCAUCUCAGCCAUUGUACUGCACUGGUGCACUCUCAAGGAAUAUUUCCUAACGGCCGAGCAGCUCUCUGACCAGAGUGCUCGAAUGAAAGCCAGGUUUAUUAAAGAGAUGUUGUGUGAUGACAAUAACUAUCUCUUUUUCAUCUUCCUCGAGCCAAUUGUGAAAGAAGUAGAACGAGUAAAUGCCUUCUUCCAAUCGUCCAAAGCAGACCCCGAGCAGAUGGUCAAAGAGCUGGAUUUGCUGCACCGAUCUAUCAAGAUCAGAGUCAAAGAUGCCAAUGGUACAAAUUUGUCUUUGUCCAGAGUGGACUUUGGUGGAGCUUUUAUGACCAUGUUGAUGAGCCUGGUGAGAGAAAGAGGACCAAGAGGAGAUGCUCUCCAGCAAAGUGUGUAUCAAAAUGUUAAGACCAGAGCUCAAACAUUUAUUGAGACUUUGCUCAUUCAACUGGAAGCAAGUAUGCCCGUAUCACAGUAGUUGUUCAGAGGCUUGAGCACUCUCUGCCCCAAAAAAGUCUUGUCUCAAUCAGGAAGAGCUACCUUUUUGGAACUGCCCUCACGUCACCUUAUUCAAGAUGUUAGUUUGGUGGAGAUGCAAUACAGGAAGAUUCAAUUGCACAUCUGGCAAGAAGAGUCAAUUUUCAAUGGAGAUUUGCCACAAGAAAGUGAAUCAUUUUGGGCAAAGAUUAGACUGUACAAGCUGAGCGAUGAAUCCCAUCCUUACAGAGAGCUUGCAGACUAUGCCCUGGCAGCCUUGUCUGUUCCAGUCAGCAAUGCCAUUGUGGAAAGAAUCUUCAGCCACGUGACAUUUGUAAAAAAUAAAAAUCGUUCAACCCUGAGCCUUCAAAUGCUGGAUUCAAUUAUACGUGUUCGCAUGCACCUCAGAUUGAAGGGAAUUUGUUGUACCAGUUUGAUUGUGACCCCUGUAAUGAGGGAUAAAUUUAAUGCGAAAAUGUAUGACAAGUGUCAAAAAGAUGUCGAAGAUAUUUUCCUUUUGCAAUAAAAAAUACUACUACAGGGUGGAAAGAAAUUAAGGGCCGCUCUUUGUCGCUUCUGAAAAUCCAACCCCCUAACUCAAAGAAUGACUUGAUCAGAUUGAAUCUCCAGUUUUUAAUAAAAGGGAUUAUUGAAAAACCUAACACCAUACCACGAAUGAUCCGAAUUCACUCCAAAGGAGAUUGGUAACCUUCUGAUGUUUGCCCACCUAAAGAUUGAGUCCUGAAAAUCCAGAUUUCGGCCAUUAGCCUGGUCUGUUCUAAAAGGAUUUAUAGCAUUUGCAUGAGGAUCUCCACUCUCAAAUCGUUUGAGGAUGAUCACUGAAAGGCUCGCCAAACGUUCCCUUGUCUUUACCGGCCUUCAGGAUGCCCUUAACCUUGGUUCUGACCUUCAGACUGCGCUCCCUUGAAUUUUCAGACAUUGUUUUGACGGCACUUUAU